AUGAUACAGAUAGUUGUCAGUGGUGUGGCGGUGUCUGUGACAGAUGUGGCGGCCUAUGCCUCCUGUACUAUGUUAGCGGCGUCCCUGGAGACCAGCUCUGACCAGACACAGGACAUGAUUGAUGCCUGUAUACAGUUCCUUCAGGACAACGAGUUUGUGUCUCUUCAGAAAUCACAAACAGAAGUUGGUAUGACUAUGACAACAGAAGAACGGUUUGUUCCCACUCAGCUCGGUGCAGCUGUACUAGCCUCCAGUCUUUCUCCAGAUGAAGGUCUCACUGUGUUUGCUGAACUACAGAAAGCUAGACAGUGUUUUGUUCUAGAGAAUGAACUACACAUUGUCUAUCUAGUGACCCCCAUUUACUCUCUAGACUUGGGUGCUAACAUGGACUGGUACAAGUUCUACUGCCUGUGGGACAAACUUUCCCCGGACAAGAAGAGAGUGGCCCAGCUGGUGGGGGUCAGUGAGGCAUUCCUCACCAGGGCAAUCCAAGGGAGGAUACCAACUAAAACAGAGAACCAGUUAAGGAGUCUGGCCAUACACAAGAG